GGAAAGAAGGGGGAGGAGCUGCAGCGGCGGCCACGCGGCUCGCUCCGCCCCUCUGACCGGUGCCCAUGGCUUCGGCCUCCUCCGUGGCCGUGUCGGGCCGCGGCGCCCGGAACCUGCUGCAGUUCCUGCGGCUCGUGGGGCAGCUCAAGAGAGUCCCACGGACUGGCUGGGUGUACAGAAAUGUCGAGAGGCCAGAGAGCGUGUCGGAUCACAUGUACAGGAUGGCAGUUAUGGCUCUGGUGACCAAGGAUGAUCAUCUGAACAAAGACAGAUGUGUACGCCUAGCCCUGGUUCACGAUAUGGCAGAAUGCAUCGUUGGGGACAUAGCACCAGCAGAUAACAUCCCCAAAGAAGAAAAACAUAGGCGAGAAGAGGAAGCUAUGAAGCAGCUAACCCAGCUUCUCCCCAAGGAUCUCGGAAAGGAGCUCUAUGAACUCUGGGAAGAGUAUGAGACCCAAGCUAGCGCGGAGGCCAGAUUUGUGAAGCAGCUGGACCAAUGUGAGAUGGUUCUUCAGGCCUCUGAGUACGAAGACCUGGAGAACAAGCCAGGGAGACUGCAGGACUUCUAUGACUCCACGGCAGGAAAGUUCCGUCACCCAGAGAUAGUCCAGCUGGUUUCAGAACUCGAAGCCGAAAGAAACGCUAACAUUGCUGCUGCUGCUGCCGCCGCUGAUGUGAGUCUGUUUAUUUUCAAUCGCCUGGACGCCAGCAAGAAACGUGAUAUCACUUGGGCCAUAAAAGAAGCCGCAGAACAGGAUGUGGUGAUGAAAACGCAUGGGUGAAGACUUGGCAGGGUGUGGGAGAGGAGGUGUCUUUUUAUGAACUAAAUAAAUACAUUUUAAAACCCUAAA